AUGGCGAGAAAGAAAGGAAACUCUCCUUCUUCGUUCAUGACAUCCUCAUCUCCAACAACCACGCAAACAACCAAUCGUAACAGUAGUGAAGAUCAAGAAGGAUUGGAUUCAGGAAGAAGUAAUCAUCCACAGCAACAACAACAAAAAAAGAUUGAAAUUUCUCCAAUUGAAAUCAAACCACAGGGAAUCCAUACAAACACCUCCGAAGAACCGGAAACGAAUGUAAAUAAGAAUGUACUAUCGGGAUCAUCAUCGGAUCAAAAAAGAACUUCUGUAACACCAGUGAUCGUGAGCGUGGAAGACUUUUUCAAGGAGAGACCAUCGUUGCUUACGAUUGAGGACGAUCAAGACGAUGAAGAAACUUCGGAUUCCGAACAAGAUAUUGUAAAUAUUCAAAAGAAACAGGAAUCCAAGAAGAAGGUUUCGUUUGAUGGCUUCCUAAAUUUAGGAUUAAUUUUUCUAACUGCAAUGACUUUGAGAGUCAUGAUCGAUAAUGUGACGGAGAGAGGGUUAUUGAUCCCGAAUUUUGCUUUGUUGUUUUGUAUAUCUGACGAGUUGAUUAAGAGAUCAUUUGUAGAUGUCUUAGUGUUUACAGUGACAUAUAAUUGUGCAUUGUAUUUGAAUAGUUGUAUUGGAAUGUAUAUAGUUGAGAGAUUUCGAGGAAAAAAGAGUGAAAAUACCAUUUUGGCCACGUUAUUGAAAGUUCUCGAAAAGCUCAUUUACUAUGUAUUGUCAUUUGCAUACAUUGGAUUAUUUGUGAUGACCAUUUUCUUGAAACGAUUGUCACUCAUGGUCAAUUUAGUGAUGGUAUUCACCAUGAUGAUUUAUGUGAUGAAAGGUUUCAGUUAUUACCAAUACACGAAGAGAAGAAUUUUCACGACAGAGCCACUGAAGGUGAAUCCAGACAGUGACGACGAGAGAAAUAUUCAUCUUCCAACUACCCCAAUCAGCUUUUGGAGAGAAUAUUGUUAUUUCUUAUUUGUACCUACAUUAUGCUUUUUUAGAAAUUAUCCAAUGUCCAAGACCAUACGUAUUUCUUUCAUUGUGAAACAAUGUGUAUACUUACUACUGUGUGGUGCAGUUGCAUGGGUAAUAUUUAUCCAAUACUUGGAACCAAUAUUUAGAUCGAGCGCCACACUUAACAUUCAACCUCCAAGUAUCGAGUUUAUAUCCAAACUCUUCGAACAGAAUGGUACAAGUCCCUCACAACAGGUGUUCAACAUUUUCAAGCAACAAUCACCAGUAGCACCAUCAAACUAUCUCUCCAAUUUGGGCAAGUUUUGCUACCUGAUGCUUAAAGUUAGCUUCCCUUGGUUUUUAACAUGGCUCAUUAUCAGCUUUGCUUUCUUCCAUUGCUAUCUGAAUAUUCUUGCAGAAGUCACAAGAUUUGGAGAUCGAAGAUUUUUCUUGGAUUGGUGGAAUUGUCAAGAUUUUCAAUCCUUUUGGAAGAAUUGGAAUUUACCAGUACAUCAAUGGCUUCUUCGCCACAUUUAUUUCAAGUCGCUUGGAAGCGGGGGCUCCAAACCUAUUUCUGUGUUUUUCACAUUUCUCACCUCUGCAAUUUUACAUGAAUUGUGCAUGGCUUUAAUUUUUAGAAGUAUCAAAUUUUACUUCUUUGCUGCCAUGUUGGUCCAGGUUCCCUUCGUAUUAUUGGGUCAAUAUCUCAACCACAAAAGAAAAUCCAAACUAGAAGAAAGCCAACCAUCCUCUCCAAUGUCAAGCACAUCCUCAACCACAACCUUAAGUGACAAUGUGACUCAAUCUUCGACAUCUUCACUGGAAGUCAAGAAGGAAAACACAGACCAUCAUCCAUCUCCUCGAAAAUCUUUGCGAGAAAUUGAAAAGAAAUUAUUAGAACUGAAACAAAGUUUUCAAAAAAAACUUAAAUCAAGAAGAGGAAAAGAAUUACUUCAACGAUUGGGAAAUAUUUCCAUGUGGCUUUCUCUCUUUGCUGGACAACCACUCUUAUGCUUAUUGUACUUCCACGAUUGGUAUACUUUUGAAAGCAUGAUUUGUGACGUGAAAAAUAGCAAGUAUGGCUACAACUUGAUGUUCGAUCGUUGGUCUGAUUCCUUCUCUUUCAAUGCUUCCACCAAUUUCCUUCCCAAUGUAUUUGGCAAUCAAUUAGUGAGUGGUGAAUGGAGAUUAAUGAUGGAACAUUUACUGAGCUAUGCCACAGGUGCAUUCAGAUCAUGCUCUGCCACAGUCGUACACCAUUAA